CAGCCCGUCACCAACUUUUGCCCGAGAAAUGCAAUGAAAACCUCUGGGAAAGACAGAAAUUCAUCGUUUUAAGUAAUCAAUUAGCGUUUUCUCUACAGGAAUAACAGCAGAUAACGAAGCGCUGGAAUCGACAUGGCGUGAAGUCCCCCGCAAAGUCUCUUUAGAUCAAUAUUCCCAAGGCGCGAUAUGGCGGAGGUGGAGGAGGCGAUGAGCCAGGAGGACUGGAAGGAGAAGUGUAUGGUUCUGGAAGCACUGCUCAUGAAGUUCAGAGUGCAGAUCAUCAAGAUCCGAGAACUCACAGCAGACAAGAUUCAACAACUGGAGACGCAGGUGAUCGAUGCAGAAAAACGGGCAUUCACUGCUCACCAGCAGGUGCAGUGGAUGGAGGAGAAGCUCAAGGCUGCAGACGGCCAGUCUGGAGACUCAGAGGUGCGUCUGUUUCAACGGUGCCAGGAGCUGCAGGCGUUAGUGCAGGAGAAGGAGGACGUAAUCGCACAGCUGGAGCAGCAGCUGGAGGAGCAGAAACAGCUCCGCCUUCAAGAUGCCAAAGCGGUGGAGGAGAAGGCAGCUAAGAUCAAAGAAUGGGUGAUGCUGAAGUUGUCAGAGUUUGAGGUAGAGAACGCAGCAUUAAGAGAAACCAACAAGCAACAGGAGGCUCAGAUUUUGGAGCUCCAGAAACAAAUACAAGCCUUUGAGCAGAAGUGCAGAGUUGGACCAGGAGUCCUGUGUAGGCCAGGUGAGGCCCAGCGUCUUAGCAGCCUGACGUUUGGCUGUUUUCAGGUGAGAGGGAAAAGCCCGCAGGUCCUGACUGGACCAGCACCAUCUCAGAAAACCCUGAGCACCCAAGGAGAGACAGAAGGCCGGGACAAAGCUGGAUUCAAAAUUCACCAGAAAAUAGGUGAGAGAGAGAGAGAGAGAGAGAGAGAUGGCAUCAAAGUUAGAGAGAGAGCAGGAAACUAUCCCACUGGCAGGAACGAGAAGACACAUCCAGGGAGAGAGCUGCAUGUGAGAGCUGAUGAAGAUGAUAAGAGUAAUAAGAAGACAGUCUCAUCAGUAACAGAUGGAGAAAUCCAUAAACCAAGCCAAACUGGACUUCUGUGUCCUCCGCUGGAGGAUGACGGUGCACCCAAGAGCUCUGUUAAUGAUGCGCGUGGACCCGAGUCCCACGGCGUAUUGUCUGGGCUCUCCAGUGCUGCAUCAGUGGAGGAAGGAGGAGUGUGUGAGGGCAGAGGUGGAGUGUGUGGUCUGGAGUUUAGCCGGCCCAGUAGUGAGACCUACCUGACAGCUUCUGAUGACAGCAGCUCUCUGUUUGAUGAUGACAUGCAGCGUGCGGAGCGCCCCACUUUUAGCCUGCUGGAGUCAUCAGAUGGAACACUAACAGGGUGUAAGAAUGGGGAGGAAGAGGAACGCGGGGCUAAGUUGGAGGACUCCACCUCCGAGGAGCUCAACAAACGAUUCCAGUCACACAGUCUUGACUCCUCAUCUUCUUCCAGCGAGCCUAACACCCCUAGCCCCAUCCUUACACCAGCUCUCACCCCUAAACGACCCAACCCACCCCAGGAUCCAAAGGACAACCCCGCUUCACCCAAACAGCCCCGCCUGAGGACUCCCACAGGCUUCGGGUUGAUGAGUGUGUCUCUGGCCAAGAAACACCUAAGCCAGCCGCCAAUCAGCAGUGAGACAACACACGGCCAAACACGCAAUGCACUCAGCAUGCUGCGCCCCCUCCAGCCACAGGAAACUGAGCCACAGGAGGAGGUUGGCAUGGAAAUGGGCAGGGGCACACUUCCCGAAAUCCUUCCCAGCUCACGAAGAGCACCCACCAUUUCGUCCACACCGACUUCAUCUGAACCUGGGACAGAGACGGGCUCAGAGAGGUCAGACUGUGACAGUUCCACACCUGGCAACAAACCUCCUACUCCACCUUUACACAGGCUCCCCUCCUGGGAAAGUCGCAUUUAUGCUGUGGCUAAAUCAGGAAUCAGACUGUCUGACACGUCAUGCACAGACCUGUCCAGCAAAGACCCCUCCCUGCAGUCUUCCUAUCCAGCCUUUGUAAUGUACACGUCGCUCAUCUAUAAAAAUAUGACCACACCAGUUUACACUACUCUGAAGGGGAAAGCCACUCUGCUGAGCAGCAGUCCCGUCUCAGAUGAGUCAUCGAGCUCCGAGGAGUCAUCCAGUUCAGGAGACGAGGACGGCUCCCUCUGCAGCUCCCACACCUCCUCAAGCUCCAGAAAAGACAGCAGCCCGGGCAGCCCACGCUCUCUCAAGAGAGCUGUGUCUGUGGCUUCGAUGACAUCAGAGAGUGACUAUGCCAUCCCUCCUGAUGCCUACUCCACUGACACGGAGUGCUCUGAACCUGAGCAGAAACUGCCCAAGACCUGCUCUUCACCCAGUGACAACGGCAAGAGUGAGCCAAUGGAGAAGUCGGGUUACCUGUUGAAAAUGGUGAAGACCUGGAAGAAGACCUGGAAGAGACACUGGUUUGUCCUCAAAGAUGGAGAGCUGCUCUACUAUAAAUCACCGAGCGAUGUGAUCAGGAAACCUCAGGGUCAGAUCGAGGUCAGCGCCAGCACCAGCAUUUCCCGUGGAGAGGGGAAACAAGUUCUCCAGAUAGUGACAGGAAAGCACGUUUACUACCUGAAGGCUGACUCUCCCAACCUGCUCGAGGAGUGGCUUCGGGUGCUGCAGAGCGUGCUGAGGGUGAAAGCGGCCAGUCCUCUCUUCACUCAGCCAGAUAUCCGCCCUGGCAUGAAGGGACUGCUCAUCAAGGUGAAGCACGGCUACUCUAAGCGGGUUUGGUGUGCGCUGAUAGGCAAAACGUUGUACUACUUUCGCGGCCAAGAGGACAAGUUCCCACUGGGUCAGAUUAAGCUGUGGGAGGCUCGGGUGGAGGAGGUGGACAGGUCAAGAGAUUCAGAUGACGACCUAAAGGCAUGUGGGCGAGGCUUACAGGCAGCACCCUUCACCAUCGCCGUCCACCCACAGGAGCAAGGGCCAACCUACUUGCUCAUUGAAUCCCGCCAUGAAAAGGAUUCAUGGCUGUACCAUCUGUCGGUGGCAGCAGGCACCACGGUGGGCAAAGUUGGCACUGAAUUCGAACAACUGGUGGGAAAACUCUUCCAGCUGGAUGGAGAUCCAAACUCUCAGAUUUGGAGACACCCCAUGUUGUGUUUCAGCAAAGAAGCCCUGUCAUCUCCUCUCACCACCCUGCCCUCACAGGCGCUGCAGACUGAGGCAGUGAAACUCUUCAAGACUUGUCAGCUCUUCAUCAACGUGGCCAUCGAUGCUCCAGCCAUUGACUACCACGUCUCCCUGGCCCAGAGUGCCCUGCAGGUGUGCCUGGCCCAUCCCGAGCUUCAGAACGAGUUUUUCUCCCAGCUCAUCAAGCAGACCCGCAAGAGGCAGCCGCACGGCCACCCGGGACCCCUGCAGGGCUGGCAGUUUCUAGCCUUGUGUGUGGGACUGUUUCUGCCUCAGCACCCUUUCCUGUGGCUGCUCCAGGUUCACCUCAAAAGACAUGCAGACGCCAGGACAGAGGUGGGUAAGUAUGCCAUCUACUGCCAGCGCUCCAUGGAGAGGACCCAGCAGAAGGGCGAGAGGCAGGCCAGGCCUUCUCGUAUGGAGAUCUUGUCUAUUCUUCUGAGGAAUCCCUAUCACCACUCCCUGCCCUUCAGCGUUCCCGUUCACUUCCUCAACAGUACAUACCAGGUGGUCAGCUUCGACGCCUCAACCACAGUGGACGAGUUCCAGUGUCGUCUCAACCAGGACACCGGCAUGAGAAAAACCGGACUUUCUGGUUUCAGCUUGUACACCGAUGACCCCACUGGACGGUCCCUGGAACACUGUCUGCAGGGAGGCCUCAAGAUUUGCGACAUCAUCUCCAAAUGGGAGCAGGCCUCUAAGGAUCACACCGGCAAGUCGGAAAACACCAGGACUGUCCGCCUCACCUACAGGAACAGACUGUACUUCUCUCUCCAAGUGAGGGGGGAAUCAGAGAGGGAGAGGUUACUGCUGGCAUAUCAGACCAAUGAAGCCAUUGUAGCGGGACACUUUCCUGUCAACAAGGAACUGGCUCUGGAAAUGGCCGCCCUGCUCGCCCAGGUGGAAUUCGGAGAUUUUGAGCGUCCCUUCUCCACUUCUGGAUCAGCGCAGACUAAGUCCAAUCAGACCCUGAAGCAGGUGCUGGACAGAUUCUACCCUAAACAUUACCGCAGGAGCACAUCUGAGGAGCAGCUCAGGCAACUGCUGCAGCGUCUCUCUGCCCGCUGGGCCUCGCUCAGGGGUCGAAGUUCGUCAGAGUGCGUCAGGAUCUACCUGACCGUAGCCAGGAAGUGGCCCUUCUUUGGUGCCAAACUGUUUGAAGCAGAGUCCAUCACUCCCUCUCCGGAGCCAAGUGUACGUGUUUGGCUGGCUGUUCACGAAGAUGGUAUCAGCGUUCUGGAGCACAACUCGAUUAAACUGUUGGUGUCCCACUCCUACAAGAAUCUGAUGACAUUUGGAGGCUGCAAGCAGGACUUCAUGCUGGUGAUGGGUCAGAGCAUCAGUGCUAAUGCCAGCAAAGACAAACCUACAGAGAAACAUCUGUUUGCUAUGGACUCCUCCAAGAUCAGGGAGAUCACCCUCCUCAUUUCCAGUUACAUCAACAGCGCACAUCAGCAAAAGGCCGCCGCCCACCAUCUCUCUGCCCCGGCCCUGAUGGUGGCCCAGCCCGUCAGCCUGAAGAGCAAAGAGUUGAGGAGCAAAUCCCCACCAGCUCUGGGACGCCCCAGCAAGGCCCCCACACUGCUGUGAUGGCACAAAAAUAUACAUCCUGAUCUUAUUUACAUUAGAAAAUGUAGGAUUUUAGGAUUUAUUUACAGCUGCAUGAUUCCAUCUGCCUCAUUUAGCCAGACUAAAUUCUGAAUAGUGGACCGGUCACCUCUCUGUGACAAGCUGGGCACUAACAAAAACUUAUCUGUUGAGUGUAGUUCAAUAUCGCAGACCAGCUGAGGUUGCAGCAAUUUGCAGGUAUCACCAUGCAGUGCCUUUGUACCUUCCUCAGAGAACACUUCAUGAGAUUUGUGGCUGAGACUGGAGCUAUAAGCUUUGGUCUAGAAACAACUGAGGGGCUUUGCUUAAGAACAUUUUAGUCUCCCUGAUGAUUGUGUUGCUUUCAUAUCCAAGGAGAAAAGUCAGCAGUGUCUACUGACAGACUGAGCAAAUGGUCUGAAAUGUCUCAUCAAUCAGUGUUACCUGGUACAUUGCCAUUUUUGUUAAGUUUAAUUUUUGUAGUCCUGCCUUAAAAAUUAAUGCACAGUACAGAGGCAGUAAUGAUGCUUUGUUAACAAAUCAUUUAGAGGAUACCUUUUUUUUUUUUUUCCUGCCUUCCUGUAGGGCAGAGUGGUUCCAGCAGGAAGUGCAACUCUUAGUGCUACAGUCAUGUAUAAUGAAGGACAUUAUGAUGAAAGCGGGAGGCAAUAACAGGUAACCAGAUGGCAGUGGAGCACAGCUGCUUAAAAUGUGUUUAAGGCAACUCAUCCAGGGCUGGACGCACCUUGUCGCAGUGCAUGUGAGAGAAGAGCUGCGGCUUUAGUGAGCUGUGUUAUAAGAAGGACCCAGGUUGGCCCUUUUGUGCUCCUGGUUACUGAACAGCCAGGAGAGUGGUAAAACUUUAAUCAUGCACGAGGCCUUUUUUAGUGAAGUGAAUGACUAGAAUCAGCAGGGGAGUUCCACUCAGCAUGGUACAUGACAGCUUUUGGGGAAGUAUGUGCUUUAAUGUACACUUUUUUUUUAAUAUAAUGACAUACAGUCCUCUGUAUUGAGUUCAUGUUUUAAAAACUGUUUAAAAACUGUUUAAAAACUGUUCUCUAUAUCAACACGCAAGAUUCACGCACAUUCAGACUACACAACAAACACUAACUGGCACUCAUUACGCAGGGACCUAAAAAACAAUGUGACAGUAUGGAUCUCUGUGUGGAUUAUUUCUGUAUUUAGCAGAAACAGGAACUGUUAGAAGAAAAAGAAGGGCAUCUCUGCCGUGUCAGUUGAUGAGCCACAGUGGAGUGGUUUUGCAUUGUUCAGAUAAUGUAAUAAAAAACUACACAUGUUCUUUAGGCAUACACAUAUAUAUACUACAGUUAUUUAGAAAGAUCACACCUCAUAGCCUGUACAUUAACAGGGCGUAGCUACCUUUUUGGUUUCUGGUUAUGUCAAAGCCUCAACAUUAGUGCCAGUGUCACGUUUUCUUUUGUUUUCAGCCAGAAGUAACUGUAUUUGGGCAACAGGGUGUCAUGUUGAUUCUUGAGCUAAGGCUAGGAAACCUGGUUAGCAAGCUGCAUCUAUAGACUGUAUGUGUGCACUGCACAGACACAGAUACCUGGUGAGUAGUGCACCAGGUAUCUGAUUAAUUUCACAGACUGCACCCAGCAGCAAGCAGAUAAUGCCUUAAAAAUACUAAACGAGGCACCAAGAUCACGAACGCUGUCCAGGGGACCAGUUCAUUGACUCAGAUUAGUGGCCAUCGGCUACACCUGCCUCGCUUAUAAUUAGGUAUUAACAAAAUCUACAUGUGCCAGUUAUUUUAAAAAAAAAAAUUCCUCCUUGUUUAGCUGUUGUGAAGGGGGCAGUUACUAUCGAGAAGGUGGGCAUUUUAACACAGGAGUCAGUGGGGAUUGACUCGCUUUUGCAUCCAGCCUCAGGUGGGAUUCAUUUUUCUGCCCUGGAGGUUCCUGUUUUUUCCAGCCUUGGCAUGCAACCUUCAUUGGAUCAUUAACUUUCCACCUCCAUGGAGAAAAGAGCUCCUCAGUGCAGGUGAGGAAUAAGAGCAAAGGCAGAAGAAAAAGUGCUGUAAACCUGUCAAACUGGAAGACAGCGGCCGGUGACACACAGCUGUCAUGUUGCUCCAUUUUGGAUGUGUACAGAGUUUUGAUGGCUGUCAAGUUUAAAUGAGAAAACAGUCUGAGUUGUGAAAGGUGUGGUUAAGAGGAUAUAGGAAAUGUUGUUCGGACAUGUUGCUGGAAAGUUGACCGUUGAACAGGUUCCAGAGAAAUUUAAUGUUCUGUUUUCUUUGUUACCUGCUGUAAGAGAAAAUGAAACCUAAUCUGACACAGUGACUAAAGGAUAAACUGGAAAAAUAUGACUUUUUUUUAAUAUAAGGUACUUUAAAAUAGAUCAUUUUCCCUCCUAGUAUCAUCUUGAUCCUGUAUACAGAGAGAAAAGUCAGGUUCUAUUUAUUUGUGAUAUGAAAUACAUUGUAUUUAAAUCAUCCUGGAAAUAAACGUUUCUUGAGUCA